CCUAAACUGGGGGCACUGGGGAGCCCCAGCUGCUGUGCGUGCUUCGGUGGAGGUUUGGUUCCAGUGGUGUCCGUGGUGCUCCCGGCGCCGUCCCGCUGCAGGGGAGCCAGCAGGACACGGAGACGUGCCCCACCCGUGGCCCCUCUGAGGUGGCUGCUCCUCCUGGGCUGCGGGAUGCUGGCAGAGGGGCUGUCCCCAAAGCCACCAGCAGCCAAUGUCCCCGUGCCGUGUGUGACCAGCCACCUCCCGGACACAGCCGGCUUGUCCUGGGUGGCUUUGGGUGGCCCUGGGGUGGCACAUGGGUGCAGGAAUCCUUUCCCUAUGCCUGCUCUGCUGCUCCGGGUGAGGUGGGAGGUGGCGGCCGGCCUGGCCAGAGGCUGCCUGGCCACGGUGGGUGCCGGAGGCUCCAAGCCCCGGGGAGAUUCCUGUCCUGCCCCCACAGCCACGUUGUCCUCGUUAGGCCAAGGUGCCUUUGUGAGCCCUCCCUGGGCUCCAGCGUGCCACAGCCCCGGGGAAGCACAGCUCAAAUCUGGUGUGCGGGUCCCAGCGGCACGGGAGAGAGGAGAGGAUGUCCCUGGAACGGGGUCAGGCAGGAAUGGAGGUGCAGCAGCUGGAAAUGGAAUGGGGCACUGGGAGGCAGUGGCUCAACGUGGGGCACAGCCAAGGCACCACUGGCCCCUUGUUCCAGUGACACCAGGAUGGUGCUGGCAUGUGGAGAACCCGGAGAGGGGAUGGCUCUGGCAGGGCCCGGGGUGUGACUUUGCUGGCUCAGUGUGUUGUUUAGGGCAAACAGGGCAGGUUUGGAAGCUGGUUGGGUGUGGAGGGAGGGACGUCCCUCCUGAGGGAUGCCCUGGCCUCCAGCCUGCUGGGCUUGGGUGGGAGUCCGUGUUAUCUGCUCAUAACUGAGGGUUUGGGAAUAGGAAAUGGGAAAAUCAAAGCUCUGCCAAAAGCAGGGAUGGAGCAGCGUGGGCCUGUGCCCAUCCCACUACUACAUUUCACAUUUCUUCUCUCUUUAAAGAGGAAGCUGGGUGUUGCAGAGCCGCUGACCUGCACAGAUUUUCCCUUCAUCUUCCCAAUUCUUUGCCCCAGAACAGCCCACGAUGUGAUUCCCAGCCACUGGUGCUCAACCGUGCGCCAGGCGCAGCCCAAGCCCUUUCGUGUAACCUCCCUCAAUAACCGGGUUGUUUUUCUGUCAGUCUCUGAUGUGGCCAGAGGGAAUUUUUCCCUCUUUUCCUCUUAAUUUCCAAGCAGCCGCUGCUCCAGCAGCCUCCUCUGCGGGAGCCUGGGGCAACUCUCCCGGGCGGCCUCUGCUCCUCUCAAUGAGCUCCUAAUGAGUUUGCAAUUAGUUAUCGGCAGAGCCGAUGUGCCCGGGGCUGGGCGAGGCGGGGCGGGAUGUGGAGCAAGGCAAAGCAUCCGCCAGCAGGGAACAGCGCUGGGACAGGAUUGUCGGGGCCAGCCUCGGCUCCUGGCGGGGUGCUGGGCUGGGAUACGGGCUAAUGUCCUUCCGAGAUCUGCUCCACGGUGCUGGGGAUGGAGCCGGGAGGUUUGGGAAGAGGAGCGGCAGCUGCCGACGGGAGACGAGUGGCUGCCUAUAAAUACCUGCCAGGGAGCAAGGAAGAGGUGGGUGGAUUAUCCUCCUCACUCAAUGAGAUAAACGGUUCUGAAGCUUAAACACAGAACAAUUUUAGUCUGAAUAGUAGGAGAAAUGGCUCAGGAUGCGGAGAUGACGGCAGGAACCGCCCGUGGUGAGCGGCAGGUCCCGGGGCCACGCGGCAGCAGCUCCGCUGCCUCUCACUGCCAGCAUCUGGAGCCGUGGGGGGCUUUGCCAGGACUCGGCCGGGAUGCGCAUCCUUCCUCCCUGCUUGGGAAAGCUCCUUCGGGGACACCUGGAACUGAGCUGGAGGGGCGCAACCAUGAGCGCGGGCUCGAUUGAGCAGGAGCCGUCGCGCAAGCUGGGCUGCUGCGGGGUGCCCCUCAUCACCGAGGACAUGCAGUCCCUGGCCAUCCGCACGCUCUCGGGCACCGACAUCACCAAGCACUACGACCUCAUCCGCGAGCUCGGCAAGGGCACCUACGGCAAGGUGGACCUGGUGUCCCACAAAAGCACAGGCACCAAGAUGGCCCUGAAGUUCGUCAACAAGAGCAAGACGAAGCUGAAGAACUUCCUGCGGGAAUUCAGCAUCACCAACACGCUCUCCUCCAGCCCCUUCAUCAUCAAGGUCUUCGACGUGGUCUUCGAGACUGAGGACUGCUACGUCUUCGCUCAGGAGUACGCCCCCGGCGGGGACCUCUUUGACAUCAUCCCGCCUCAGGUGGGGCUCCCCGAGGAGCUGGUGAAGCGCUGCGUGCAGCAGCUGGGCCUGGCCCUCGACUACAUGCACAGCAAGAGCCUGGUGCACCGGGACAUCAAACCGGAGAACGUGCUGCUCUUCGACCGCGACUGCCGCCGCGUCAAGCUGGCCGACUUCGGCAUGACGCGCAAGGUGGGCUGCCGCGUCAAGCGCAUCAGCGGCACCAUCCCCUACACGGCGCCCGAGGUGUGCCAGGCCGGCCGCGCCGAGGGCUUCGCCGUGGACACCAGCAUCGACGUCUGGGCCUUCGGGGUGCUCAUCUUCUGCGUCCUCACCGGGAACUUCCCCUGGGAGGCGGCGGUGGCGUCCGACGCCUUCUUCGAGGAGUUUGUGCGGUGGCAGAAGGGGCGGCUGGCGGGGCUGCCCUCGCAGUGGCGGCGUUUCACGGACAGCGCCCUGCGCAUGUUCCAGCGCCUGCUGGCCCUCGACCCCGAGAAGCGCUGCCCCGUCAAGGAGGUUUUCUACUUCAUCAAGUGCGACCUCAUGGCCGAGGUGCGGUGCCGGCCCUCCUACCGCUCCCGCAAGCACGCCAGGGACAAGCUCCCGGCCGGGCCGCACUGCCACGAGGCCGGCGGCUCCUGCACGCCCGCCCCGCUCAAGAGGACCGUCCUGACGGAGGGGAGCGGAGCGCGCGGCCCCGAGCCCGGCGCGGCCGCCCCGGGCACGGCCGGCAGGACAGACGGACGGCAGGACAAGGGCAAGGGGCAGAUGGUCCUGGCCACAGCAAUAGAGAUCUGCGUGUGACGGCGGCGCGGGGCGGCUGCGCAACCCGCCUGUCCCCCAGGCCCGGGGCAGGGAUGUGGGGAGCACAUCGUGGUGGUGGCACCAGCCGGGACCGGGCUCUGGGUGUCCCAAAGGAAAAAAAGAAAAAAGGAAAAGAAACACAAUUGAAGAGGAAAAGGACAGAACUGGUUGCGCUCUGUAGCGCCGAGGAUGCCGAUCCCCCCACCCUGCCUGGGCCAGGCCGGUGGCCGCAGCCCGCCCAAGGGCACCGCUCGCUGCCAGGGGGGCUGGGGGCACCCACAGCCCUGCCACGGCUGGGCUGCCCCCUGCAAGGCUCCCCCCAGGGUGGCACAGGGAGGGGUCUCGCAGUACGGGGAGGAAGAGUCGGGGGCAGUGGGCAGUGUGUGGCCCUCUGGCCCUGCCCCCACCCCGUGCUCGACCCCCGUCCGGGGAGCGGGAAGGCCGAUGACCCUGCACUGUGGAGGAGGCUUUUGGGGGGGUUUGGGUGGGUGGUGAUUUGCCCUCUUCCAUUGGUCCCCGCCGCACUGCUGGGGCCUGGGAGGGGAUGGGGCGGUGGGUGACGGGGAGCCGGGGCGUGCCGGCAGCCCCGGAGCCCCAGCAGCCCCGGCAGCCUCCCUGCCGUGGGAGGUGCUGGCAGCCAUUGAUGUAGCAAGUGUCCCUGUCUGUGUGUCGUUGUGUGUCCCAGCCACCGCCACUGGCAGCCCCUGUGCCCCCGCCCUGCCCCACCCGGCUCGGGCCCUGCCGGAGGGAUGGGUCCCCUCUGGCCGGAGCUGCGCUCCGGGCUGUGGCCGGCGGGCGCGGUGCCGGUUCCGGCAGGCCGGGUGCUCGGGCCGGGCUGGCUCUGCCGUGGCCCCUCUGCAGACUCUUUGUAGCCAGGGACUGGAGGAGGUGGCAGCGGUGCACCCCAGGCUGGCCUGCACAGCCCGGGAGCAGGGCAGGGAGCUCCGAGUGGCCUCCCGUGGGCCUGCCUGCUUCUCUGUGCUGUCCCCAUCACCCCUCCUCGCUGUCACCCCUUCCCCAAACCUGUCACCCUCCCCUGGGGCUGGCGGGGAAGUUGCUGCAGCGAUGCGGGGCGUGGUGGCAGCAGCCACCGGUGGCCCCUUAGUGACAAGGUCCUGGGGCGUGUGUGGAGGUCACACCUUCCCUCCUGGCUUCGGGCACCCAGCAGAGCGGGGAGCUCACCCCACCGCCGCGGCGGGGAUGCUGUGGGGGCACCCCGAGGCAGGAGCACCCUGCUGUGGUUCGGGCUUCCCUCCCACGGGGUGGGGGCCGUGGAGCCGCCCCGGUGCCCCACUCCCCACAAAGGGCUAUAACGCUUUCCAGCAGCAGCAGCAGCAGUUUACAGAGCAGGGGCCGCCCCCGCCCCCGCCGCGCCCCCGCCCCGGCACCCUCGGGCCCGGCGUUAGACGUAGCAUUGCCCCACGUAGAGAGCUAGGCACCGGUUUUACUCCUCUUUGCCUUAGGUCCCUCGAUGUCCUCGAUCUUUCGUGCAAUAAUGUAGAUAAGGGAUCCCGGCCGCCCCGGCAGGGCUCGGUGGCACCUCUGUGGGAGCCUCGGUGGCACCGCCCGGGGCGUGUCCCAGGGGUGCCCGGUGUGAUUUCUGUCCCCGUCGAGGUCGCUGUGUCCGUAGGUUGUCAGGUUUUUAUUUCCAGUUCCCUCAACUGUCGGGUUUCGGACCUUCUUCCUGUAGGAGUGUCACAGACGUUACCUCAGUUUGUCACUGUUGAAAAGGAUUUAAAAAAACCACAACUGAAACCAUAAAAAAUGACAAAAUACAUAGUUAUAAAAGCAACAAAAAAUUUCUCAA